GGUAUCAACCCUUGUUCAACCUUCGCAAGUUCCUAAGGAACCAUAUUGGUUCUUAGGGUUUGGCCUACAGCUUCAAUUUGAGGAGUGGUCCCAAACGCAGUAUUCUCACCUUCGAAGGUACAGCUUCCUGCUCAGUCUUCCUAAAGAUCGACAUACAGAUCUCUAAACGUCUUCUGGUCCUUCGCUCUUUGUUUUCUCAUAAUUUGUAAUCUUUUCUCAUCACAGUAAGUGAAAAUCACCAUAUUAUCAUCUUGCAUCAUUGUUCAUCACGCGCUUUUCUUUCUUUCUUUAAUUACCAUCCGCGAUCUUCAAACCACUAUUUUACAGUCCUUGCUCAUCUUCUACAGAAUAAUUCAUAUAUUGUUGUUAAGCUGGAUCUACUAACUUCAAAGUGGGCCAAUCUUACACGACCAUGAGUCAACCAUCUACAAGUCAAAAAGGUGAACCAGAUGCUGAUGCAGCGGCCUCACUAAGAGAAAGUGGGGUCAAACCUGAAAUUAUUGAUGAUUCUGCGUCAUCAGUGAGCGAGGGAGCAGAUCUUGCUACCGCCCAGUACGAGUCGAUCACGGUUGUGAGGAAAGAAAACGCCGUCAACGACAGCAUUCUCUUCUUGGGAAAAGUCGAAGGUAUCGUGGCAGGACACACGGCUAUGUUUCCUGAGUUCAAAACAUGGCAAGAUCAAACGAAACAAAUUCUCAAUGGCAUCAAGAGCCCUCGUGUGCUUGUCGGGGUUCUUGGAUAUACUGGUAGUGGCAAAUCAUCACUAAUCAAUGCGCUCAUCGAUGAGGAAAUGGUAGUUCCCGCGAAUGCCAUGCGCGCCAGCACGUCCGUGGUUACAGAGAUUUCAUGGAAUGACUCUGAUGAUCCCGAAAAGGCCUUUCGCGCUGAAAUAGAGUUCAUCAGUGAAACAGAAUGGAAGGAAGAAAUGGAUGUCUUGUUAGAUGAUCUAAAGAAUGCCACUAAAGGAGAAGAUGUUUCUGUUAAAUCUGGUAGCCAGGCGAGCACCGCCUUUGCCAAGAUAUCUGCAGUUUGGCCCGGCGUCACUCUUUCCAAACUUAAGGGUAUGACUUCGCAGGAACUUUUUGACCAAAUCGAUGGCGUUUCUAAUAUAUUGGAUUGCCAUUUGGAAAUCGCAAAGCCCAAAGCCAAGCCCUUUUCACGAGAGAUCAGCAAGUACAUCGAUUCAAAUAACAAGCAAAAAUCCUCGAAUGAGAUAUCCUACUGGCCUUUGGUGCGUUGUGUUCGCAUAUACACAAAAGCUGAGAUCCUUCGACAUGGGCUCGUAUUAGUCGAUUUGCCUGGCCUAGGAGACUCUAACACGGGUCGAACGCAGGUCGCGGAGAAUUAUUCCAAGAGACUUACUUACGUAUGGAUCGUGGCUGAUAUUGUUCGUGCAAUCGAUGAUCAGGUCGCGAAGGAUCUAAUGGGGAAAUCCUUCAGAAGACAACUACUCAUGGACGGUAAGUACGAUGAUAAAUAUGUCACCUUCAUCAUGACGAAGACCGAUAUUAUCAAUAAUGAAGAGGUUAUAGAGUCAUUGCAGCUCCGUGAGAAGAAUUUGAAGGAUAUUCUGGGCCGAGAAGCAGAUAUUUUGAAGGACAUACAAGAUGGCCAGCAAGCAUUGGCUCGAAAAUCCUUGAAACUCAAAAAGAUCAAACGGGCACUGAAGUUACUCUCGAGUAAUGCUGAAUCGACAAAAGCUGAUAGUUCCGCACCACGCAAACGCAAACAUUCCAAGGAAGACAGGAGAGGAGAUGGAGAUCAACCAUCAGGUGACUCAAAGCCCAUGGACAUGGACGUACCCAGUAAAAGACUCUUGACUAAGAAGAAAGCCCAUAAUGCCAAGGCCAUUAAGAUGCUUGGAAAGAGGCUCACUGGGUUGAAACUUAUACUCAAGUCGAUCAGAAACGAUAUUAAAGCUGCCUGUACACAAGCUCGUAGCAGGUACACUCAAGAGCAUCUUAGGAUGGAUUUCGAGAAUGGGCUGCGAGAGUUGAAACAGGAUAUUUCUGAUGAUGCCAAUGAUGAAAAGCAGCUUGGAAAUGAGGAUGAAGCAGAAAGUAAACAUCUGGUGUACCGGAGAGGCCUCACUGAACAGCUCCAAAUCUUUUGUGUAUCCUCUAAAGGGUACCAGAGACUUUGUGGUCGCUUCAAGAGAGACCCGUUGCCAAACGGAUUUGGAACCAUCAAAGAUACAUGUAUUCCCAAACUACAAGAGUAUGCAGCAGCAUCUACUCUGACAGUCCGCGGAAAGAUAGCCGACUCCUUCUUAACCGAGUCCAAUCUCCUCAAGUUAAGUAUUAAAUCAUGGGCCGAAAACGUUUCGCCUAACUCUUUGUCCGCGUCUCAAACAGACAAACUCAAUGAAAUGUUGGGGGAAAAGUUAGAAACUCUUCACAAGACCUUCAGUCAUGCUUUGACCGUGGCAAUAUCGCGUAUCCGCGAGAUCAUCAUGACCGAGAUCCUCCCAACUUUACGAAGCUGCAUUCGCGUGAGUACAGAAAAGGCCGAGGAGGCUUGUAAGGAACUCAUGAACGCAGACACUUCUUAUCAAACAUGGAAAGCUAUCUGUCGUAGAUUUGGCAAAUUUAACAAUAAGAAGAACGCCACGUAUGACUGGAUCGGCGUAUUCUUACAGCCGUUCUGGGGGGAACUCGCCCAGCCUUGGGAUAAAGUAUUCAACUCACAAAUGCAGAGUGUACACGACAGGUAUGCUUGGAACUUGGUUAGAGCAAUUAGAGUGUUUUCAACCGAUAUAAGACCCCUCCUCCAAAGUAUGUCGGAAGCCUCCGCAUCUAAAUCGCCAAUAGAUUUCUUGGCUAAGAUACCUUACCUGGAGAAGAGGACUAGGACUGCAGUAUCCGGUUCUUUGAGCUCGGCUCAACGUCAAGCACAAGAAAUUCAUCGACUAAUUGAGCCACGCAUUCAGCAUCAUAUGCGCCCCGUAUAUGAAAAGUGUAGCCAGGAAUCCAAAAUAGGAGCUCUGGGCCGAAUGAAAGAGCAUCUCCUCGACCACAUCAAGAAAAACAAUAAAGUCAUGUAUAAUGACUCGUCAGAUUUGCUCAAUACUAGAUUGAACAAAAUGACGACCAAUCUUGAGGAAUUAUUAAAAGAGGCGCAUUCUCAAACAUCCCACUACCUCAGAACAGAAAUCAGAAAUAUGAUAAUGUGGGCAAUCGCGAAAGACGAUGAGACCAGAGAGAAUGUCAGGAAGACUAUACGCAAAGAGCUAACUAUACAGUUGGAUACCUUGGAAGUGGCAUUGGGUAGAGGCACUUCUAAGCCCACGGAUCGCUUUCUCUCGGUGAGGACAGAGACAAAGCCAGAUGACGACAGCAGUGAGGACAACGACGAGGAUGAUGAUAUUAGUGAUGAUAGUGACAGCAGCGACAACAGUGAUGUCGGCGAUAACAGUGAUGGUAGUGAAGAAGCCGAAAGUACCGGUGACGGUAUGGAAGACUCGUAAUUUAACAUCGUGGUCUUACCAUUGGAAUUGUGCGCCAUCAGAGCUGGAUCAUCGAUUUAAGGAGAUGAACACGUCUGCAAGCUUCUUUCUCGCAUUUAUUGACAUUUCGUUACAUUUCAAAGCUCGUCAAAUCCAUAUUCUGACACUUACGGCGUUGAUUUUAUUCCCAUUAUUUUUGUUUUUUAUUUAUCAAGGGAAAUCUUUGUUGGGCAGCGGGAACAACAUCUUAUGCGGAGACGAGUAGAUAGGAGCAUCAAGCUGAGUUAUUAUUGCCUACUUUCUACUUUCUACUUUCUACUUUCUAUAUUUUAAAUUUUAGCAACAAUGAAUCCAAAUGCCAUUUACAACCUGAUGAUUUACCUCCGCUUUGGACGACAAGAUGCAUGAAAGUUGCCAACAUGAAUUUUGACCAAAAUAGAUCUCAUCAUCACCCGCCUCA